UUAUCGUGCACAAAGAAUUUCUAUUCUCGCAAGGGAGUGUGUGUAUGUGUGUGAGUGAGGGGAAGAGAGAAAGAGAGAUCGGAUGGAAGGCGAUGUCGAGAUGGCGGCGGCGGAAGAGGGAGCUGUCGUCGAGCUGGAUGAUAUGAAAAAGAGGCUGAAGGAGAUGGAGGAUGAGGCUGCCACUCUUCGGGAAAUGCAGGCGAAAGUUGAACAAGAAAUGGGCGCCGUUCAAGCAGAUCCCGCUGCAGCUGCAGCUAAUCAGACAAAUAGGGAAGAAGUGGAUGCUCGAUCAAUCUUUGUUGGCAAUGUGGAUUAUUCAUGUACCCCAGAGGAAGUGCAGCAGCAUUUCCAGUCUUGUGGGACUGUGAAUAGAGUAACUAUCAGGACUAACAAGUAUGGGCAGCCAAAGGGGUAUGCCUAUGUUGAGUUCCUUGAAACCGAAGCUGUUGAGCAAGCUCUUCUUCUGACUGAAUCUGAGCUUCAUGGUCGCCAGUUGAAGGUAUCAGCCAAGAGGACCAACGUUCCGGGCAUGAAACAGUUCCGACCUCGGCGUUCCAAUCCCCAAAUGGGCUAUCGAUCUAGGACGCCUUUCAUGGCUGCUCCAUACAUGUAUUCUCCUUACGGAUAUGGGAAAAUCCCCAGGUUUCGAGUACCAAUGAGAUACAGCCCUUACUUCUGAUCCUCAGUUUCUCAAAACCUCAUGCUCCUGGAGUAAUUAAUCGCCUUUGCGUGCACAUGAUGUUAUAGGCGGCGGUGAUAUGCAAGGAAAGUGAAGCUUUUAGUGUAAUCACUUUGCUCUUAUGUUUGUAUGCAUAAAUUAUACUCCUAUUAAGGGAGAAACACUUGCCAACACAAAUAAGAUAUUCCAAAACAAUUACUAUA